GAAUAGCAGAGAGCUCUACUCUCCUUUUCUUCUUCUUCUUCUUCUUCUUCUUCUUCUUCUUCUUGUUUUUGAUGGGGAACGAUUCAGAGUUGGUGACCCCAGGCGAAAAGCUCGGAAGAGCCUCCGAGUUUAAAGCAGGCAGAGGCGCCUACGUGUCACCCGAUAACCUCACCGUCUAUGCUUCUCUCACUGGCCUCCGCCGCAUCCUAUCCCCGCCUCCUGACUCACCUGACCAGAGACCCGUUGUGGAAGUAACUGGUCACAAGGCCCAUGGUGCUAUUCCGGAGCCUGGAUCUAUUGUCAUUGCUAGAGUUACAAAAGUGAUGGCCAGAAUGGCUUCUGCUGAUAUUAUGUGUCUUGGCACAAAGUCUGUGCGGGAAAACUUUACUGGCAUAAUUAGGCUUCAAGAUAUCAGAGCAACUGAGAUUGAUAAAGUGGAUAUGCACCAGUCUUUUCGCCCUGGUGACAUCGUCAGAGCUAUUGUGCUAUCCCUUGGAGAUGCAAGAGCUUACUUUCUAUCUACUGCAAAGAAUGAGCUGGGAGUUAUUUCUGCUCAGAGUGCAGCAGGUGUGCCAAUGGUGGCAAUAAGUUGGACUGAGAUGCAAUGCCCCAUUACAGGGCAAAUUGAGCUUAGAAAAGUUGCUAAGGUUGGAGGAAGAGUACUAGUUAAGAUGAACAUCCUGCCUCUGCUUUUCUUGCUUGUAAUUGUGUUCCCCAUUAUUGUUAAACCCAUUAGCAAAGCAUCCGAUGAUCACUGCCCGGUUCAAAGGUGUAGGCAUGAUGGUCCGCUUAUCCAGUUUCCAUUCCGUCUACAACAUUAUCCCUCUCACUGUGGCCAUCCACAGUUUGAGGUUUCCUGCAGCAGCUUCAGCAACAUGACCAUGAUGAAGCUCUCCUCAUCAUCAGGAUUCUUUCUAAUACAAACAAUCGAUUAUGAGACACAACAGUUUCGUGUGUAUGAUCAGGAUGGUUGCCUUCCGAGACGCCUUCUUAAUUUCACCCUCUCCUUCUCACUCUUUCAACCAGCACAUUUGAUUUACAGGGAGGAACCAACACCUUACAUGGUUUACUUCAAUUGCUUUAGAAAUUACGAUUACAAUGGCGAUUUGAGGAACUUGACGUUAUUAAAUUGUACCACGGUACAAAAUCUUAGCGCAUCCAACACACCUGAGAUCUCCUCCUGGAGGUACAUGGCGAUCAAAUGUCUCAGUGUCCCAGGGAAGUAUCAAGUUCUGGCUACUACCAAGUAUUUUACCAUGUCUGACAUGCCUGGUGCUUGCUAUACUUUGUCACAACUCUUUCUUCCAGUGCGGAGUAUACAAGAUUCUAUGUUUAGGUGUGAAGCAGAGACUGGUUUAUUGCUGGAAUGGAAAGAACGGAAUUUCCCAGAAUGUCAACAGUGUAGAGGAAACUGCUAUUUCAAUUACAGCAAUCAAGUGUUGAAGUGUUACCCUCCCAUGAGUCCCAUCUCCAGAGAAAAAACCAAAGAAGAUGACAAAUGGAUUCAAGAAGAAGUUAGGCGAAGCGGUUUUGGUAGUGUUUUCAGUGGAAAGCUUCCCAGUACUAAUGGUGUGCCAGUUGCCGUGAAACUCCUCAAGGAUUCUAAGGGGACUGGUGAAGAUUUUGUUAACGAAGUGGGAACCAUUGGCAGAAUUCACCAUGUUAAUGUGGUUCGACUACUUGGGUUUUCAGCUGAAGGAGGGAAGCGUGCUCUUAUUUAUGAGCUCACGCCAAACGGAUCCCUAGAGAAGUUUAUCACAUCUAAAGAUCAACCUAGGGAUAACAAUACUUCAUUUGAUUGGAUGAAACUUCGCAACAUCAUCACAGGUAUAGCAAAGGGAAUUGAGUAUCUACACCAAGGGUGCGACCAGAGGAUCCUCCACUUUGAUAUCAAGCCUCAUAAUAUCCUGUUAGACCAUGAUUUCAAUCCAAAGAUCUCCGACUUUGGUCUGGCCAAACUCUGUUCCAAGGAAGACAGUCUUGUAUCUAUGACUGCUGCCAGAGGCUCUACAGGCUACAUAGCACCUGAAGUGUUUAACGGAAACUUUGGCACCGUCUCCUACAAAUCAGAUGUGUAUAGUUUCGGGAUGCCAGUGCUUGAAGUUAUUGGAGCUAGGAAGGAAACUGCUCUUACAUCUAGCAACAGUGAGGUCUAUCUUCCUGAAUUGAUUUAUAAGACUCUAAUUCGAGGAGAAGAGUUGAAUUUGGAGCUAGCUGAUGAUGAAGAUGCUAAAAUUGCUAAGAGACUAGCAAUUGUGGCACUUUGGUGCAUCCAGUGGUACCCGGUGAACCGCCCUUCCAUGAAAGCAGUUGUUAGAAUGCUAGAAGGACCCUAUGAAAGCUUGAUCAUGCCACCAAAUCCAUUUAUUGCUUCCACAACUCAUCAGAUGGAACCAACAGCAACCCCAUCAACUAAUCAUCAUGUUCAUCAGCACUGCCCCAUUUCAAGGUGUAGCCCUGAUGGUCCCCUGAUCCAGUUUCCCUUCCGUCGAAAAGGUGAUCCACUUCACUGUGGAAAUCCUGAGUUUGAGGUUUCUUGCGGCCGAAACAACAACACCAACGUGACAAUGAUUCGGCUCUCCUCAUCUUCAGGGUUGUUUCCUAUCCAAAAAAUCGAUUACAAUAACAGAUAUUUUGAUGUCUACGAUGGUGGUGGUUGCAUGGCGAGCCGCCUUCUUAAUUUUACUAUUUUUACUACAUCCAGCUUGCUCUUUUAUCCAGUACCUUAUCACUGGAGCAGUGAGAGUUCUCUCCCUUGCCCUGACAAUUUCGGUCCCGAAUCAUCUCCCUAUCCAGAAUAUGCACAAUCCCCCUCUUCAGAAUCAGCUCAAUCUCCCUAUUCAGAUUCCACUCAAUCUCCCUAUCCAGAAUAUGCGCAAUCCCCCUAUUCAGAUUCACCUCAAUCUCCUUAUGCACAAUCCCCUUAUUCAGAUUCCGCUCAAUCUCCCUAUCCAGAUUCUGCUCAGUUUUUCAGAGAAUUUGUAUUAUUAAAUUGUUCUACCACACAAAAUGUGAGCACAAGGAGAAACUACUACAUGCCAGUCAGAUGUCUCAGUGUCCCAGGGCACUAUCAAGUUCUUGCCGUUGAAUCCUCAAGUUCUAUAGAUGACUUGGCUGCGUUGCCGCUAUCAACUUGCACUACUUUGAAAAAAAAGUUCUAUCUUCCACUGAGAAGUGUAAAAGGCAGUGCUCAGGACUGUGCACCAGACAAUGUUUUAUUACUAGAGUGGAAACCAUGGGAUAAUUUCCCAGAAUGUCAAAACUGCAAAGGGCGGUGCGAUAUGGAUUACAGGAGCAAUGGAAUGGUGUGCUAUCUGGAAGUAUAUCCUGGAUAUCCUGCAGAUUACCAUCCCUAUGGUCAUGCGAAUGAUGGCCACAGGUCAAUUAUCAUAGCAGCGAGCAUAGCUAGUUUUGUUCUCAUAUCAGCAAUGGUGGUGGUAGCCAUAUUGUAUUAUGUGAAGAAAUCAGACAGGACAGAGGAAAAGGAAAAUCAAAUCAAGAUAGAAAAGUUCCUAGAUGAUCACAAAUUCCAUGUACCAACAAGAUACUCUUACGCUGAUAUAAAGAAGAUGACAAAUGGAUUCCGGAAGAAGUUAGGUGACGGAGGUUUUGGAAGUGUUUUCAGUGGAAAGCUUCCAAGUAAUGGAGUUCCGGUAGCCAUAAAAGUCCUCAAGGAUUCUAAGGGAAAUGGAGAUGAUUUUGUUAAUGAAGUGGGAACCAUUGGUAGGAUUCACCAUGUAAACGUGGUUCGCCUACUUGGGUUUUCUGCAGAAGAAGGCAAGCGUGCUCUUAUAUAUGAAGACAUGCCAAACAGCUCUCUGGAGAAGUUUAUCACAUCUAAAGAUAACAAUGCUUCAUUUGAUUGGAUGAAACUUCGCAACAUCAUCACUGGUAUAGCAAAGGGAAUUGAGUAUCUACACCAAGGGUGCGACCAGAGGAUCCUCCACUUUGAUAUCAAGCCUCAUAAUAUCUUGUUAGACCAUGACUACAAUCCGAAAAUCUCCGACUUUGGCCUAGCCAAACUCUGUUCCAAGGAAGACAGUCUUAUAUCUAUGACUGCUGCUAGAGGCACCAUAGGCUACAUAGCACCUGAAGUGUUCAACGGAAACUUUGGCACCGUCUCCUACAAAUCAGAUGUGUAUAGUUUCGGGAUGCUAGUGCUUGAAGUUAUUGGAGCUAGGAAGGAAACUGCUCUUACAUCUAGCAACAGUGAGGUCUAUCUUCCUGAAUUGAUUUAUAAGUCUCUAAUUCGAGGAGAAGAGUUGAAUUUGGAGCUAGCUGAUGAUGGAGAUGCUCAAAUUGCUAAGAGACUAGCAAUUGUGGCACUUUGGUGCAUCCAGUGGUACCCGGUGAAUCGACCUUCCAUGAAAGGGGUUGUACUAGAAACUUGGACUUACCAGGAGUUGGAAAUUGGCGCGAAACCGCGGUGGUGGCCCCACGGCUUCGUACACCGUAGACCACAUCGUGUAGUCAGCGAAAAAGGAGCAGCCGCAUUACAUGAUCAUACAAAAAUGGCUUCUCUUCUCUUCCUCCAACCUCUCACCAAUCUCUCUUCCUCCACCGCCCUCGUCUUUCUCCGAAAUCCCCACCACGUCCCCGCUUCGACCUCCCUUAAACCCAAACCCCUCCUCACAUUCAAAACUCUCACCACUUGUUUCUCCCUCGCCGAAUCCGACUCCCCCAAAUCUUUGCAACCCGAAACCCGAACCGUCCUCCAAGACCUCGCUGACAGCUUUGAUCUCCCUCCAGACUACUUUGCGAAGCUUCCCAAUGAUCUUCGUCUCGAUCUGAACGAUGCUGCUUUUGACCUUUCAAAUGGAAAGAUUAUCGAUGAGUGUGGUCAAGAGUUGGGAGAGACAUUAUUAAAUCUAUCUCGUGCAUGGGAAGUAGCUGACACAUCAACCUCGCAUAGUUUAGCUAGCAAGCUCCCUGACUUGGAAGAAUCUUUGACAAACAAUGCCAAAUCAGCACUAGGGAAGCGUUUGGUUUCUGCUGGAAGAAGGUUCCAGUCUAUGGGCAUGUAUGGUCAAGGCGAACUGCAAAAGAUUGCAAAAACAAUGACUACGGCCGGAAAGCUUCUAUCUGCAAGUCCAACAUCCACAAUGACCGAUGAAGAACCAAAGAAUGAAAGCAGGAUGCUGAAGUUUGGAGAACUUCAGCUCGAGCUUACAUCAGAAAAAGCUACCAUCGGGGCUAUCAUCAGCUUUGCUUUCGGGAUUCUUUCAUGGCAACUAGCUCAAGGCGUCCAAAAUAUCCCAGAGAACUCACUGCAGUAUGCAAAUGACAAUGCUUUGCUGCUGGCUAAGUCUUUGAGAGGAGCUCUACUUGCAGCGUGCUAUUCCUCAGCCAUAUUAUCUGGUUUUACUACCUUCGGACUUAUCUUACUUGGAAGGCAACUAAACAUGGCGACCCCUUUCAGCUGCUCAGCCUCCGACCUAACCCCCCUCCUCGGCUCCGCCGCCACCAACCUCAACACCACCCUCCUCGCCGACUUCCUCUGCUCCCGCUUCACAGCCAUCUCCACCAGGUUCAACGAAACCACCUAUGCCAUAGACAACACAUAUCUCCUCUUCUCCGCCUACCUCGUCUUCGCCAUGCAGCUCGGUUUCGCCAUGCUCUGCGCAGGCUCCGUCCGUGCCAAGAACACCAUGAACAUCAUGCUCACUAACGUCCUCGACGCCGCUGCCGGCGGCCUCUCCUACUACCUCUUCGGCUUCGCUUUCGCCUUCGGCGCCCCUUCUAACGGCUUCAUCGGCCGCCACUUCUUCGGCCUUAACGACUACCCCUCCGGGCCCUCCCCCGCCGGAGACUACAGCUUUUUCCUCUACCAAUGGGCCUUCGCCAUCGCCGCCGCCGGAAUCACCAGCGGCUCGAUCGCCGAGAGAACACAAUUUGUAGCAUACCUCAUCUACUCCUCAUUUCUCACCGGCUUUGUCUACCCGGUAGUCUCUCAUUGGUUUUGGUCAGCAGACGGAUGGGCUAGUCCAAUACGUUCUGAUAACUUACUCUUCGGUUCCGGCGCCAUUGACUUUGCCGGGUCCGGCGUCGUCCACAUGGUCGGUGGUAUAGCCGGUUUAUGGGGUGCCCUAAUUGAAGGACCGAGAAUCGGCCGGUUUGACAGAGCCGGCCGGUCCGUGGCCUUACGUGGACACAACGCUUCCCUAGUUGUUCUCGGCACAUUCUUGCUUUGGUUCGGCUGGUACGGUUUCAACCCCGGCUCGUUUCUCACCAUCGUUAAAGCGUACGGCGACGGCGGGAGCUACUACGGCCAGUGGAGCGCCAUCGGAAGGACAGCUGUCACGACCACAUUGGCAGGAUGCACAGCCGCCCUAACCACCUUGUUCGGAAAGCGGUUGUUGGUUGGACACUGGAAUGUUCUAGAUGUUUGCAACGGUUUGUUAGGGGGGUUCGCUGCGAUCACCUCAGGUUGUUCCGUGGUGGAGCCGUGGGCGGCGAUCGUGUGCGGGUUUGUCGCGGCGUGGGUGUUGAUUGGUUUUAACAAGCUCGCAGAGAAAGUGAAAUACGACGAUCCUUUAGAGGCGGCGCAGCUGCAUGGAGGGUGUGGAGCGUGGGGUUUGCUAUUUACGGGUCUUUUCGCGACGGAGAGGUACGUGAAUGAGGUGUACUCGGGAAGGCCAGGGAGGCCGUAUGGUCUGUUCAUGGGCGGUGGAGGGAAGCUGCUGGCGGCUCAAGUGGUGCAGAUACUGGUGGUGAUGGGGUGGGUGACGGUGACUAUGGGGCCGCUGUUUUACGGCCUUCAUAAGCUGAAGCUGCUGAGGGUUUCCGACAAGGACGAGACGGCGGGGAUGGAUUUGACUAGGCAUGGAGGGUUUGCUUACGUGUACAAUGAUGAGGAUGAGGCUUCUGUUAAGCCGGAGUUUAUGAUGAGGAGGGUUGGACCUACGGAUGAUGCCAGUCCUUGCCCGUAGUACGUAGUGUUAUUUGUUUUACUAUUUCUGUGGUAGUUGUAUUUUUGAGUUGAUUUUCUUGGAAUGGUUGGAAUUGGAUCUUCGUGUUUGUGAUAAAUUAGGGCAAGGACAAGAUCUGAAAAAGAAAUAACAAUGUGUAUGACUUUAUGUACUCGAUCGGGUGCUUCGUAUGGUUUACUAAGAGCUGCCCAACAUGUACUACAUGCCAUUUGGCAAGUAUAAAUUUAGACAAGUUUAGUCGAUU